AUGGCAUCUUCUUCCUCCAAAUUGACUCUGAAAUUGCUCGUCGACGCUAAGCGUGAGAAGGUCUUGUUCGCAGAAGCAUCAAAAGCGGUUAUAGACUUUCUCUUUAACUUGCUCUGCUUGCCCAUCGGUACUGUCAUAAGGAUUCUCAACAAGAAUCAAAUGGUUGGCAGCUUAGCAAAUCUCUAUCAAAGUGUCGAGAAUCUGGAUGAAACUUACAUGCAACCAGACCUGCAUAAGGAUCUACUGCUGAAACCAAGUGCCCCCAUGUCUUCACGAAUCAGUGGUCUUCUUCCUUCCAUUAAUGACACCUCUUCCAACAACUCCUCGAAUUUGUUGUAUAGGUGCCCAGUUCACUAUGGUCGCAUCACAUGUGAUAACACCACUCUCUGCCCUGAAAACAACUGUGUUUAUCAUAUGACCUCUGUCGUGCCUUUUGUUGGUGAAAAGGUUGCAAAAGAUAUUUCUGCCGACAAGAGUGGAUUUGUGAAAGAGGUAGUAACUUACAUGGUGAUGGAUGAUUUAGUAAUUCAGCCCAUGUCAAACAUAUCGAGCCUUACCCUACUUAACAAAUUCAACGUCAAAGAGGUUGGCGCCUUACAGGAAAGGGUGGUCGAGUUGGACAUGAACCAGGCAUGUUUUUGUUUAUAA